ACCUUCCAUUUUGGGGUUAGGUCAGGCGGCGUACUCGGGGCGAUUGCCACUCCUGGGACCUGAGGUCUGCACUAACUAAUCUCGUUCCACAAAUAAAUAUCCUUCCAAUGGCCGGUCUCGGACAUGGUCUUCUCCGCCUUUCUCCCGCCGUUCCGCUUUCUCGUAUCCCCUAGGGUUAGGGUUAGCAUUCGGGCUAGUUUUUUCUCCACCGCCUCCGCUUCCCGUCCGUCGGCGGCGAUGACGAAGGAGGCGCCGGCGGCGACGGCAGCGGCGAUGGAGUGGCCGGCGAGCAAGGUGAGAGAGACCUUCUUCCGGUUCUUCGAAGGGAAGGAGCACGUGAACUGGCGGUCGAGCCCGGUGGUGCCUUUGGACGAUCCCACCCUCCUCUUCGCUAACGCCGGGAUGAACCAGUUCAAGCCCAUUUUCCUUGGGACCGUGAACCCGGCGAACCCCCUCGGCAAGCUUACCCGGGCCUGCAACACCCAGAAGUGCAUCCGCGCCGGUGGGAAGCAUAACGACCUUGACGACGUUGGCAAGGACACCUACCACCACACCUUCUUCGAGAUGCUUGGCAACUGGUCCUUUGGCGACUACUUCAAGCGGGAGGCCAUCUCCUGGGCCUGGGAGCUCCUUACCAAGGUGUAUAAGUUGCCUACAGACAGGAUCUACGCCACCUAUUUUGGUGGUGAUGAGAAGGGUGGCCUUGCAGCUGAUACUGAAGCAAGAGACAUAUGGCUAAAUUUUUUGCCACCUGAACGAGUAUUGCCCUUUGGUUGCAAGGAUAACUUCUGGGAGAUGGGUGAUACUGGCCCUUGUGGGCCUUGUACUGAAAUUCAUUUUGAUCGCAUUGGUAACAGAGAUGCUGCUUCAUUGGUCAACAAUGAUGAUCCUACAUGCAUUGAAAUCUGGAACCUUGUGUUUAUUCAGUUCAAUAGGGAAGCUGAUGGUAGCCUAAGGUCUUUACCUGCGAAACAUGUUGACACCGGAUUGGGUUUUGAACGCUUGACUUCAAUCCUUCAGAACAAAUUGAGCAAUUAUGAUACCGAUGUAUUCUUGCCCAUAUUUGAUGCUAUCCAGCAGGUGACAGGGGCUUGCCCAUACUCUGGAAGAGUUGGGCCGGAUGAUGUUGACAAAGUUGAUAUGGCUUACAGAGUGGUUGCUGAUCACAUAAGGACUCUUUCUUUUGCUAUUGCAGAUGGUUCUCGUCCUGGCAAUGAGGGACGAGAGUAUGUUCUUAGACGUAUUCUUCGACGUGCUGUUCGUUAUGGCAGAGAAGUUCUAAAGGCACAAGAAGGAUUUUUUAGUGGUCUUGUAGGUGUUGUUGUGAAAGUGAUGGGGGAUGUAUUUCCAGAGCUUAAGCAAUAUGAGACAAAGAUUAGAGAAAUUAUUGCAGAAGAAGAAGCAAGUUUUGGAAGAACAUUAGCAAAGGGAAUUGAGAAGUUUAAGAAGGCUGCUCAGGAUGUCCAGGGGAACAAAUUGAGUGGGCAGGAUGCAUUUAUUUUGUGGGACACGUAUGGUUUUCCAAUGGAUUUAACUCAGCUAAUGGCAGAAGAAAGAGGGCUAACAGUUGAUGUGGAAGGUUUUAAUGUUGCUAUGGAAGAAGCCAGACAAAAGGCUAGGAGUGCUCGGAAUAAGGCUGCUGGUGACUCUAUCAUAAUGGAUGCUGAUUCCACAUCAGAGUUGCAUAAGAAGGGUGUCGCUCCGACAGAUGACAGUUACAAGUUUAUCUGGAACCAGGACCACGAGAGCGUGAUCAAAGCCAUAUACACUGGUGCGGAGUUCCUUGAGAUUGCCUCUGCUGGAGCUGAUGUUGGUCUUGUUUUGGAAAGUACAAGCUUCUAUGCUGAACAAGGUGGUCAGAUAUAUGAUACCGGAUCAAUUGAGGGAUCAUUUGGAUCAUUUCAAGUUGGUAAUGUUCAAGGUUAUGGAGGUUUUGUACUUCACAUAGGGUCAAUUGCUGGAGGGGCCAAGGCUUUGUCAGUUGGCGACAAAGUGAUAUGCAAGGUUGACUAUGAGAGGCGUACCCUAAUUGCUCCUAACCACACAUGUACUCACAUGCUCAAUUUUGCUCUCAGGGAAGUACUUGGUGAUCAUGUUGAUCAAAAGGGCUCCAUUGUUCUCCCUGAAAAGUUGCGUUUUGAUUUCUCCCAUGGAAAACCUGUUCAUCCUGAGGACCUAAGGAAAAUUGAGUCAAUUGUGAAUCAGCAGAUCAAAGAUGAAUUAGAUGUAUAUGCAAGUGAAGUAAACCUUGCUGUUGCAAAGCAGAUAACUGGAUUAAGAGCAGUCUUUGGAGAAAUCUAUCCUGACCCUGUUAGGGUUGUGUCAAUUGGCCGUAAGGUGGAAGAUCUAAUUGCAGAUCCUGAUAAUGAACAGUGGUUAUCCUAUUCUACAGAACUAUGUGGAGGGACCCAUAUAUCAAAUACUCGAGAUGCUAAAGCAUUUGCCCUUCUAUCUGAAGAGGGAAUUGCUAAGGGUAUUCGUAGAAUAACAGCCGUCACAACUGAAUGUGCUUUCAAGGCAAUGGAGGUGGCAUCAUCUCUUGCUUCUGAAAUUAGCAGUGCAUCCAAAUUUGAAGGAAGUCUGCUUGAGAAGAAAGUUGCUUCUCUGAAAAGUAAGAUAGAUGCAGCAGCUAUUCCAGCAGCCAUGAAAGCAGAUCUCAGAGCCAAGAUCUCCCAGCUGGAGGAUCAAGUUAGAAAAGCCAAAAAGAAGAUUGGCGAGGAAAAUAUCCAGAAAGCAAUCGAGGCUGCAACAGAGAUUGCAGAAGCUGCUGCUUCUGAAGGAAAAGCUUUCUGCAUAAGCCAAGUAGAUGUAGGUCUUGACACCACCGCUGUUAGAGAAGCAGUUCUGAAGGUCAUGGAUCAAAAGGGAUUAGCUGUAAUGGUGUUCAGCACCGACAAAACAUUGAACAAGGCAGUGGUGUAUGCUGGAGUGCCUAAAUCAAGGGAUGGCUUGGUAGUGUUAGAGUGGCUGACUGCUGCUAUGGGGCCUCUCAAAGGAAAAGGUGGUGGUGGGAAGAAUGGUAUUGCUCAGGGCCAGGGAAGCGAUGCAUCUCGUGUGGAGGAGGCUAUGGACGUGGCCUCGAAGUUUGCUUCAAUGAAGUUGGGGUCAUAAAUAGCAUUCUUGGAGUACGCCUGCGCAUAAGGCUACUAAUUAUUCCAUGCAUUCUUGUUCAUUUGUUUUCCUCAGCGGUCACGAAAUACCAAAAAUUCACAGGUUCAUAGAAAAAAGGAAACUGAUUUAUAGGCUGGAUAAAUAUCCAAUACAUCAACAAAUUGAGCUGGCAACAUAUCUACCUACUGGUAGCAUCCUGCAUGAACAAAUUCACUGUAUCCAAUUCAUCUUGAGCAACAGUUUCUCUGGAGUUGAUUGUUAAAAUCAUUAGACGUUUGUCUGGUAGUACGCUUAACACUUUUGACCUCAUGUUUUCUCUUAUUGUUUUUAUUUUCUGUGAUCAUGCGUAAAUGCUUGGUAAUUUAAAGUAACUUUUCAUUUUCCCAA